CAUGGCCACUUCAACACCUUCGAGAGCUUGGGACGCGUCCUUUUUCUGGCAGUGGUUCUGUCUCAGCCUCAUCGAAACCAUCGUGUGGACCUUCACGCUCAAAGUCAUGACCAUUUUGGAGCAGUGGCUCUCCCUCGACGUGUACAAAACGCUGCAAGCCUUCCUCAAUUCAUGGCUUAUCUGUUUCUUAACCUGCGCGAUCUUCCACCUCAUCGGAAUUUUAUCCAUCGACGACCUCAUUCCCGAUCGGAAUGACGACUUUGCCAAAUUUUUGGAACAGGUUUUCAAAUUCUAUUCGAACAAGGAUCAAACUCAGAUUCCGACCGAACCAAUUUGGCGAAUCCUACUCGUCUCCUUCUAUUUCGCCAUGAUCGCGUCCUGGUUUUAUUUGGCGGUCAUUGCGGGGACACGGAUCGUGCUGGGUUUCAUCGCCGGGGGGACAGAGGAGGAAAACAACAAGUUUUACAACCUCCUCACCGGCGUCAUGAUCCUCGUCGCGGGCAAAAAUUUCUUGUAUAUGACGCUAAACGUGAUUCAGUAGAUCAAU